AUGAAUCAUUCUACUACUGAUAGAGAUGCUUAUUUACAAUUAGGCAAAUCAUUAAAUGAACAACAUUCAAAUCAAUUAUCUACACAAUUACAAGUAUUUCAAUCGGCAUUAAUAAAUUUUGCUAAUGAUCAUGGUGAUGAAAUAUCUCUGAAUUUAGAAUUUAAAAAUAAAUUCACACAAAUUGUACAACUGAUAGGUAUUGACCCAUUAGAUUUAUUAUUAUAUACUUCACAAAACAACAACAACAGUACUAACAAAAGGAGCAAUGUUGUUACAACAAAUUUUGGGGUUGCUCUAGCGGUGAAAAUUAUUGAAAUAUGUCAACAAACUCGAGAUUUGAAUGGAGGAUUGAUAUCAUUAAAAGAAUUAAUUUCUACAUUGCAAAGUUCUUGUGAAACUGAAGGAAUAUCAUUAAUUAUCCUGGAAGAAGAUAUUGAAACUUCUUUAAAUAAUUUAAACAGUUUAGGGAAAGGUUAUGAAAUAUUGAUUAUAAAUGGGAAAAAAUGGUUAAAAUUUUCAUCGACGGAAAACUUAUCUAAUGAUCAAUUGAAAAUUUAUGAACUUUGCGAAUUUAUGGGAGGAUAUGUUACCUAUAGAUUAUUAAGAGAUAAUUAUGGUUGGGAUAAAGUGCGAUGUAAAACUGUCAUUGAUGAGAUGAUCAUGAAUGGGUUUUUAUGGGUGGAUUCACAAGAUAAUGGUGAAUGGCAAUAUUGGGAACCAUCUUGGAUAUCCAAUUAA